AUGGCGGCCAAUCCUCGCGUCUUCUUCGACCUCGCAGUCCACGACAGCAAGCUCGGCCGGGUAGUCUUCGAGCUCUUUGCGGACGUUGUCCCAAAGACUGCUGAAAACUUCCGAGCCCUCUGCACAGGUGAAAAGGGCAUCUCGCCCAUCUCCUCUCUGCCCCUGCAUUACAAAUCGUCCAUCAUCCACCGUGUCAUCCCCUCAUUCAUGAUCCAAGGUGGCGACUUUACAAAGCGUACCGGGUCUGGCGGAGAGAGUAUAUAUGGCGGGGGCACUUUUGAGGAUGAAAGGCUGGAAGCCAGAGCUGACAAUGGACGUAGCUUGCUGGUGAUGGCCAACAGGGGACCGGAUACCAACAAGUCGCAGUUCUUCAUCACCCUCGCGCCUUCGCCGCAUCUGACCGGUAAACAUGUAGUGUUUGGCCGAGUGGUCUUUGGGAUGGAACAUAUCGAUGCUAUCGGCAAUCUCCCGACGGAUGACAGAGACAGACCGCUAUCCCCCGUGACCAUCAUCCAUUGCGGCGAGCUCGAACUGCGUCGACCUCCUGCUGCCGCCAAGCCCCGCUCUCCUUCACCUACCCCCUCCCGAUCCCGAUCACCUGAACCAAAGAGAAGAAGGUAUAGCGACUCGGAAGAUGCCGGCUCGGACGAUUCGCGCGAGUACCGCAGGAAGCGUAAAGAGCGCAAGCGGGAAAAGAGGGAGCGCCGAGAGAAGGAGGGCAAAAAGUCGUCGCGCCGGGAUAGGGAAGAGACGGAAGCGGAGCUUGAUGAGCGGCUGGAAAGAGAAGAGAAGGAGAUGCUGGAAAAGCAGAGGGUGGAAAAGUUGGCAGAGACAAAGAGAAGGCUGGAGGAGGAGAGGCAGAGGAUCAAGGAUGAUGGGGGUAUCGUCUACAAGGGCGAGUCCAGCUAUCGGCCUAGUCGAGGUGCGAUGCGCUUCCGAGACCCAGAGACAAUCGCCCACCGCGCUCCCCGCAACUUUAACGCCCCCACCUACUCCCACCUCCCCGGUCGACCUCGUCAUCAACCCAACGGCCCCGGCCCGGGCUUUGGCCCCAGAGUCGACCGCGAUCGCCCGCCGCACCGUGAUACCCGUCUCAGUCGUCCUGAUAUGGGCUCGUUGGACAAGGAUAUGGAUAGAUGGCAGCAUGACCGGUCGCAGCAUGAUCGAACGGCAGAGAGGAGCAAGUUCAGGAGGGGCGAGGAUGAGAGGGAAAAGGAGAGGAGUGUCAGCCCAGUAAAAGAGGUACCGAGGGCGGCGGCUGUUGAGAAUGGGCAGCAUAGCGAAGACGAUAUGGUUCUUGAUCUGGACGAUUGA